GCCAUGAAGCGGCAGAACGUGCGCACGGCCUCGCUGAUCGUGUGCGUCUUCUCGUACCUGCUGGUGGGCGCCGCCGUCUUCGACGCGCUCGAGUCGGAGGCCGAGACGGGCCAGCGGCGCCUGCUGGAGCAGAAGCGCCUCGACCUGCAGCGGAAGUACGGCUUCAGCGGCCAGGACUACCGCGAGCUCGAGCGCCUCGUGCUGCGCGCCGAGCCCCACCGCGCCGGCCGCCAGUGGCGCUUCGCCGGCUCCUUCUACUUCGCCAUCACCGUCAUCACCACCAUCGGUUACGGGCAUGCUGCUCCUGGGACCGACGCGGGCAAGGUUUUCUGCAUGUUCUAUGCAAUUCUCGGCAUUCCACUCACCCUGGUCAUGUUCCAAAGCCUUGGUGAGCGCAUGAACAUUGUGGUCCGGAUGCUGCUGAAGAAAAUAAAGAAGUGCCUGGGAAUGAGGCAGACGACGGUCUCCAUGAAAAACAUGGUGGUGGUGGGGUUCCUGUCCUGCAUGGGAACACUGGGCAUUGGAGCCGCGGCCUUCUCCUAUUUUGAGGGUUGGACCUUCUUCCACGCCUUCUACUAUUGCUUCAUAACGCUGACCACCAUUGGGUUUGGCGACUUUGUGGCUCUGCAGAAACACGAAGCUUUGCAGAAGAAGCCCCCUUACGUCGCUUUCAGCUUCAUGUACAUCCUGGUGGGCUUGACGGUGAUAGGGGCUUUCCUGAACUUGGUGGUGUUUAGGUUUUUGAUUAUGAACUCGGAAGAUGAGAGGCGGGACGAAGAAGAGAGGGCCUCCUUGAGGAGAGCCAGGAAUUACAUCAACCUGAAACCCAGGGAAGACAAUAGGAGCCAAAGUGAUAUCUUGCUUCCCAUCGAAGACCGGACGAGUCAAAUGAACCUCAUCCCGCUGAUGCAAGAAGACCCCGAGAGGCAGAGGGGCAGGUCCUCGAGCUCCACCACCAGAGUCCCUUCCUUUUGUACGUGUCUGUGUUACAGGCCGCGGUUGAACAGGAGUCCAGAUCCUUCCCACCCAGAGCCCUUCAGUUGCCACACCAAUCUGGUUUAUUACAAUUCAAUUUCUUACAAAAUCAUGGAAGUCUCCCUGGGUGGUAAGGACCACACCGGCUUGUCUUCUUCUCCCAGGAGCACGUUGUCAUCCAACAGCCCCAGUUGCCGGGAACAUUCUCGGUUACGGAGGAAGUCUAUCUGAAGUGUGCAUGCUCUUUUAAA